CGGCAGACGAUUCGCCCCCAGAGAACCUGCAAAUUUAACUCCGGCAACAACUUGCCAGAAUUUGAACCAAGAGCAGUGUGGCUCGCUGUCCUAAAUUCCCAGUCACUCGACAUUCUGACAUGGUGUUUGAUUGUUUAGCUGAUGUAUUCUAUGGUCAUUAUUUAAUCAUCGAUUGAUGUAACAAUUACACGUUUAUACAGACAUAUUUGCCCCACAGGAGUGACAUUAAUCCUCCGACUCGUAUGCCGUAUCUUUUGGUGUUCUUGCCAGCAACUUUAAAAUGUCGGGUUUAGCAGAUCUGAUUUAACUGUUACGGAUUAUGAACGCGUUCAGUGUCGUGCUGACUGAAAAACUUGGGCAAGCGCACCUGCUUUGCGCAUCGCUUUCUUGACAACUUCUUUAUAAACGGGCUCUCGCAAACCAGAGAAUGUUCGGAUAAAAUGAAACGUGAGCGUUCAAAAAAGACGGAGGGCUGCCAGUACGAACAAUGUCUCAUUUGAAUUUCUUUUAACGCGAUGCUUUUGUUUUUAGUUUAAAGCUGAUGAGUCGUUACCUGAAUGUGUGACUGAAAGCAUUUGAACACAUGUUCGGGGGGGUGUAUUCUAAAGUGUACUCGCACUUCGCAUCUCAGGCGCGCGACGAAGACGGGUUAAACAUGGCGCAAGGCAGCGCGUAAUAUGCGCUCCGGCAUAAUAUCAAAUAACAGCCCCCGUAUUUAAUCAUAACCGCUGCUGUAUAAUAAUGUAAAGCAGGGGGAGUGCAGCGUAAUAUAUCGAGGUUAUCCAGUGCAGGAUUUUAGAGGUUGACUGAUUAGACGGCGGCGGUGACAGCGCGGCUGCUCUGCGACACCGCUGCUCUCGAGCGAUGUGACAGCUCUGGUCCACAAUGUAGCCUCUAUUCGUCCUUUCGUUCAUUCCCUCCUUUAUUUCUUCUUUACUUCCUUUGUUUUUUUUUCUUUAUUUCCAUUUGGCAUUUAAAGCACAUGUAUAUUUCUUCAGCAUCACCACAAAGCAAAUAAAUGCAUAAGCCGCCGGUGUGAUCCUGAAAGGAAUAAUUUGCCACAGCUGCUCUUUCAAAGCACCUCACGGUUGCUGGUGGUGGUUUUCCUGGUUCUGACCUUCGCUAUGGUUUUUUGACUACAUCCUUGCCAUCCAGUUGCCCUUUGAAGUCUCAUGCCUGCCGGGCAUAACCUCCAGUACUCUGCUCUAAAAGAGCAGUUGCAGCCGGUUUUGCUCUGGUUCUCAGACCCUCCCCUGCCUAACUGCUGAGCUAGCACUAUAAGUGCAAGUUGAAGGUGUAACUGACACCUUGGUAAGGGUGAGUGGAUUCCACAGCUUUUAUGAAAAGGCCUCUGUAGUCUCUUGAAAGCUUAUUAAACCAGAGCCUCAUCCUGACACAAGCAGAGGUCAAUGGAGAUGUGACUUUGUUUGUGAAUCUAUCUAUGGCACUGGAUAGCUUGUGUCAAGAAAAGAAAGGAUGGAGCAGAACCACCAGAAAGAAGAGAUUAUGUGAAGCACAGGAUCUGUCAGUUUCUGACUCCAGUGUAUGCUUUCUGUUGGACACAUGUGGUUGCUGCCUUGUGCCAGAAAAGACAAUAGAAGCACGGACUUGCUCCCUGAAUAUAAUUCUACCACACAAAUGCAAAGAACACUUGUAAUGAUGUCCCGGAAAAAGAUAUUGUUGGUGUUCCUGGCAGUCAGCAGUGUAAGCUUUCUUCUGCACCAGGGAGGACAUCUCACUUGGAAUGGCAAGCCCUUCCAUGUGGGAUGCUCGUCAUUUCGUCAUCGAAGUCACCAUUUGUCCAAGACGAAACACGCAAAUAUUGUUUUCCUCAAGACGCACAAGACAGCAAGUACAACUGUCCAGAACAUACUGUUUCGCUUUGCUGAACGUCACAACUUAACGGUGGCCCUUCCAAUCCAGGCAUGUGAUCACCAAUUCUGCUAUCCACGAGCAUUCUCAUCGCACUUUGUUCACCCUCAUACUAUGCCUGCACAAGUGGUCACCAGCCACAUGCGUUUCAACCGUUCAGAGUUGCAGAAAUUCAUGCCUAACGAUACCUUGUAUAUUACCAUCCUGCGUGAGCCUACUGCCAUGUUUGAAUCUCUUUUCAGUUACUACAACCAGUAUUGUCUGAGCUUCAAGAGAGUUCCCAAUGGAUCCCUUGAGACCUUCUUGGCAGAUCCUCAUCGCUAUUACCGGUCUGAUGAGAAAUACUCCAUGUAUGCUCACAAUACUCUGCUUUUUGAUUUGGGUGGAAACAAGGAUCAUAACCCUUUAGAUGGACCAUAUAUCAGUGCGUUCAUUAAAGAAAUGGAGGAAGUGUUUUCUCUAGUCAUGAUUUCAGAAUAUUUUGAUGAGUCGCUUAUACUUUUGCGACACUUGCUCUCCUGGGACCUAGAAGAUAUGCUGUAUGUAAAGCUCAACAUGCGCACCCCAGAGUCAAAAUUUAAUCUCAGCUCAGAUCUUCCAUCAAAGAUACGUAAAUGGAAUGCACUUGAUGCCAAGAUCUAUGACUAUUUCAAUGCCACCUUUUGGAAAAAACUCCACACUUUUGGUCUGAACUGUGUACAAAAGGAGGUUGAGCUCCUUAGAGAGGCUCAAGAUAAGCUGGUAAGGGGCUGCUUUGGAGGAGGUCUCCCUCAGUUACGCUCUGCAGCUCAGAUCAAAAACAAAGAACUCCGACCCUGGCAGCCUAGCUCAAAAGUAGACAUUGUUGGCUACGACCUUCCAUCAAACAUUUCCCGCAGCGCUGCUUCAGAUCCCUGCCUCAAACUCAUAAUGCCGGAGGUUCAAUACACGCAUUUGCUGCUAAAAUCACAGUCCAUACGAUACAGAAAGAAGUACCCUCUUAGGACCCCUUUAGUGAAUUCAGCCAGAGCUGUUAGACAUCAUAUACCAAGGAGCUCCUCGAGGGGCUCUGCUGUGCCCCCUAGAUCAAUUCUUCAGCAGCCCAAAAUCACCUCUCAAUGAUGCACACAAAAAAAGUUCUGCUUAAAACUCAGUCCUGCUGCUGUGUUCCAGUGUGUGCUCUCAACAGCACGAAAUUAAACCUGAACGUCUGGAUUAAGUAAUGUGCUUUAUUUAUUCAAGGUUAUUUUAUUAAACUUUCUUUAAAGUAAGGCGAGGACAUGUGGACAUCACCCAUAUACUUGAAAGCAUUGAUUGGGAUGUCACUGGCCACUAUAUUUCUUAAUGAAGAGCUGUCUGCCCCUUUUUUUUGGGGGGGGACUUAACUAAGCGUUAUUGUAGUAGGUUUUAAAAAGUGACAGAGACUGGCAUUAAAGAGCUACAGCUCCAAUGAUUUAAGGGGUAGAAUUAUGUCGUUACCUUUAUGAAAGCAGGGUAGAGACAGCUAAAUUGAGGAAAUGAAUUGUUAAUUAGUGUAUUUAGACCAGAGAGUAGAGGGGUUUUUUUUUGUUUCUUUUUUUUUUUUUUUUAUGUGUAACCGACACUGAACAUUUUGCCAAGACUGGUUGUUUCAUAAUAAUGCUCCAUCCAUUAUAAAUUAUUAACUUGAUGUGGGCAAGCCAGUGUCCCUACUUUUUAUCUCUAGAGCAUACUAAGGUUGUUAAAUGAUGCCUGAUCAUCUACUCAGUUUGCUUGCCUUUGUAAGCGUUGGUAGGGUUUAAAAAUGCAAUAUUUGUUUUGUACUGUAUUUACAAGUCUUUCCCUUUGGCUGCUCAAGAACGACAAGUCUGUGCGAGUGUAUAUUUGAAAUUCUGUGUGAAUGGUGUAGCAAACAGGUACUGUACCAGGCAGUUAUUUACAAGUGAUAUCUUUAAACUAAUCAAGGCAUUGUUUUGCACUGCAUUCUGUAGUCUCCUCUUAUUAGACAGAUUAUUGUGUUUAUGUUGGAUGUACAUGUGGGCGGAUAUUGCAGUCAUGCUGUUACGGAAAUUUAAAAUAUUCCCAAGAAGCUUGUGUUUUCAGGGAUUGUUGCUGAUCUCCUAAUAAAAAAAUGAUAAAUAAAAGUGUACCCAACAAAACUAGCUUGAUUCCUGAGUUAAGCAAUAAAAGACUUUUCCUUUAACUUA